UCCAGUCCAGACAUCGCAGCGAACUGUCUUUAGUAAAACAGCCAUGUUGGGUAGUGACGGUUGAAAAAUACCAGUGUCGGUUAAAAGUAAAUUGUUUAAUGUGUUGUUGAGUGUUCCAUUGUUGGAUUAAUGACGACCGCAACCGACAGCAUGAACUGGGGCACCGAGCUCUGGGACCAGUACGACAAUUUGUCGGCUCACACGUUGAAAGGAAUCGAUUUUUUGGAGAAGUACGGGCAUUUUGUUAAGGAUAGGGCGACGAUAGAGUACGAAUACGCAGCGAAAUUGAGGAGAUUAGUCAAGACUUACCAACCGAAGAAAAAGGAUGAAGAGGACUACCAGUUCACGUCGUGUAAAGCGUUCAAAAUACUAAUGAACGAAAUCAACGACCUUGCGGGACAACAUGAGGUGGUUGCUGAAAACUUACAAGCGAACGUUAUAAAGGAAUUGAACGCUUUGGUCAAAGACAUCCGAGAAGAACGAAAAAAACAGCUCCAAGAGGGCAACCGCCUCACCCAGACCCUCCAAACCCAGCUCGAGAACCUCCAGCGGUCGAAGAAAGCCUACGACAAGGCCUUCCGCGACAACGAGAAAGCGCUCGAGAACUUCCAAAAAGCCGACGCCGACCUGCACUUAUCCCGAGCCGAGGUCGAGAAGCAGCGCGCGAAUCUAGCAUAUAAAACUCAAGUUUGUGAUACGGCGAAGAACGAAUACGCCAUGCAGCUGCAGAGGACGAACGAGCUGCAGCGGCAGCACUUUAGAUCUGGACUACCCGAGGUCUUCCGGCAGUUGCAGGAGCUCGACGAGAAGAGGAUCAAGAACAUAAAGAAUUUUAUACGUAGCUCUGUAGAUAUCGAACGUAACGUGUUUCCUAUUAUCAAUAAAUGCCUAGACGGGAUCUUGAAGGCCGCCGACGUUAUUAACGAGAAGGAGGACACUAUGCUCGUUAUAGAGAGGUAUAAGUCAGGGUUUUUGCCGCCGGACGAUAUUCCGUUUGAAGAUUUAUCGAAGGGGUGUAGUGAUUCGGGUAGUGCUAAUAAUAUUAACAAUAUUCAAAUUAGUGGCAAGUUGAAAGAAGGUGGUUACACAGUGAAAGGGACUAUUACGGGGAAAGCGAUGAAGAAACGGGCCGGGAUUUUCCACAUUUUUGGAAGCAGAGGGAACGCUGCAAUUGCGGACGGAAAGGAGGACCUCAGCGACUUACCUCCCAACCAGAGGCGGAAAAAGCUGAUGCAGAAAGUCGAAGAGCUCAAAAGCAAAGUUGCUCAAGAAACCGCCGCUAAAGACGGGCUCAUGAAGAUGAAGGGGGUGUACGAGGCGAAUCCGGCGUUGGGCGAUCCGAUGACGAUUGAAGGUCAAUUGAACGAAUGCAGCCACAGACUGGACAAACUCCAAGGCGAGCUCAAGAGGUAUCAGGGCUACCUGGAGGACGCCAUCAAGGGUAUUCAAUCCGGACAGAACAAUUCGUUGACGAAUUCGCCGCGGAUGGUCAACGGCUCCCGACACCAUCGGAACUCUGGAGGAAGCGCGGCCGAAGAGGAGUCCCUCAGCAGGUCUGCGAGCGAUAGCAGCGUCACUAAUCCUACUAUUAAUCAUAAUAAGCAGUCCGCACCGGGCACGCCUCAGCUUAAUCAUGGUUGUUCAAACAGUCCUGAAAGUGGAUUGGGUACGUCGCACACGUCUCUGCCAGGGGUGGACUCGGAUCCUGACCAGUAUGACGGGCAUACGGCGGAUCCGGAAAGCGAGUAUUACGAGGCCGACCUUCUGGCUCCGAUGGGAGUGUGUAAAGCGCUAUAUCCGUUUGAAGCCACUAGCGAGGGUAGUAUACCCAUGGCGCAAGACGAGGAGCUGCACUUGAUCGAGGAGGACCAAGGAGACGGGUGGACUCGGGUCAGGAGGAUGCACGGGGAGUUGGAGGAGGGUUUCGUGCCGACUUCAUACAUAGAAACGACUCUGUUCGACAAAUAAUCGCUCUUGUGUGAAUAGUUACAAAAUUUAUAUAUUUUUAUAUUUUAUUUAUGUUCUGAAAUAUUCAUUAUUUAUGUUCUACUUAUUUUUUUUUUGUAUAUGUAUUAAGUUAGUCGUGAACACCUACACACAAGAACUCAUACUAAGUAUAACGUCCAUAUAUAUUGUUGCUUUCUGCAAUUUUCAGUUGUUUAAGUUUGCUUAGCACAAUAAGUCGGGUGACGUUGCUGCCGCUUUUCUACUAUUUAAUUUUUUAUUUUUGUAAAUUCGGCGCGGCGAUGUUGCCUUCUAGUUACUUGUAUAUAUGCUCAUACACUAAUAUAGCUCGCUGUGAGAACAAUUUAGAUUAAAUUGUAAUAUAAACAGUUAGUUGUAAUUUUAUAACUUUUUUUAAUUACAUCAGACUUUCGUCACAGAAUAGUUAACGUUAUCGUCUACUAUUUACAUACAUAGUUGUGAUUUCUUUAAUUUACUCAAAUACUUGUGCUACAUAUUCCAUCGUUCCGUUUCUGUGGGAAGAUCACUCAAGUUGGAUUUUUAAGGACGGCGAGUUUAGAGUUUCUACAUCUCAUAUUUAAGGAGCUGUUUGGUGCUAGUGCCGCGGUGGCAGCUGGUGACUUAAGUCAUAUCAACCUCAUCAUCAACAGAGUAUUUUAAUAUUUACGUGUUGUCGCCAUAUCACUUAAGUUAAGCUUGUUGUUGGUCGUCAUUGUCCUUAAAAGUCCGCAGAUCCGUGUCUAUGUGAAAUUCGGCUAAACUCAUAAUAUUAAUGUGCAUUAUGACUGACUUGCAUUAUAAAUACCUAUAUAAAUA